AUGGAUAAAGUAAAAGUUAACACUAGUUUGCUUCGCAAAAUAAGGCGGAAAAGAAAAAUUAAAUACGAAAACAGAAUAUUUCAUAAUGAUUGGACAGAAAAAUAUGCAUUUAUUGAAAGAAACAAUAAACCUAUGUGUUUAAUUUGCAAUAUAGAACUUGCUCAUAACAAGACAUGCAAUGUUAAACGUCAUUAUGAAACAAAACAUAAACAAUUUUCUGAAGAAUAUCCGUUAUGUUCAAAUUACAGAAAGAAUAAAAUUGAAUUGCUCAAAACGAAAAAUAAAAAUCAACAACUAAAUAUUUCAUCUUACAGCCAAGAAUCAAUUAAUACAACAGAAGCAAGUUUUGUUAUAGCAUGGAAUAUUGCCAGAGGUAAACAUCCUUAUACCGAUGGAGAAUUUGUAAAGCAAAACAUUUCAGAUGUCCUGUCGGUUUUAGAUCCUAGUAAUAGCAAAAUCCAAAGAUUAGUAUCACAAAUUCCUAUUUCUCGACAUACAACCGAAAGAAGAAUAUCUGAGAUUAGUAUUGAUGUUGAACAGCAAUUACUAAACGAUUUAAAAAACUGUGAAGCAUUUAGUUUAGCUGUAGAUGAAUCAACAGAUAUUCAAGACAAGCCUCAAAUGGCUGUAUUCGUUAGAUAUGUGACUUCAGACGUAAUUGUAAAAGAAGAGUUACUAGAUUUAGUUGAGUUGAAAGACACAACUCGUGGAGUUGAUAUCAAGGAAGCCCUUGACAAAGCUCUGCUUAAAGCUAAUGUACCUAUCAACAAGCUUGUUAAUGUUGCUACAGAUGGUGCAUCAGCAAUGGCUGGAAAACAUUUAGGACUUAUAGGCUUAUUAAAAAGUGACCCUAAGUAUCCAGAAUUUAUCCCAAUUCAUUGUAUUGUAAAUUAUAUUCGAGCAAAUGCAAAAAAUCACAGACAGUUUAGAAACUUUAUAAAUGAAUUGGAUCUUGCUGACGAGCCAAGUGACGUGUCAUUUUUCUGUUCUGUAAGAUGGCUUUCAAGUAGUGACGUUUUUUAUAGAUUUGUAGAACUAUUAGAGCCAAUUAAAUGUUUUUUGAUUGAAAAAGAAAAGACAUUUGAAAUCCUAGACGAUAUAAAUUUUGUGCAAGAUCUUUUAUUUUUGACUGAUAUAAUGCAACAUUUAAAAAGUCUGAAUUUCUUGAAAAAAUUUAAUCAUUUUCCUCAAAUGAAGAAGAUGAUUACUUCUAAUCCUUCAAUUCAGUAUGAUGACGAUAAGAUUGAAUCAUACUUGGACAAACUAAAGGAUUUACAAAAAGACUUUCAAAAAAGGUUUAAAGAUUUGCAUGAACUAAAAUCUUCUUUAGGAUUUAUAGUAAAUCCUUUUUUAAAUAAUAUUAUUAGUAAUGGCUGUCCAAUUCCUGAAAAAAUGCUUGAAGAUAUAUCUCAAUUUGAAAUGGAACUACUAGAUCUCCAAGAAGAUCAAAAUCUACUUAUGCUGCAUAAAACAAUAACUUUUAUGGAAUUUUGGAAGAUAGUUCCCGAGGUUAAGUAUCCUCAACUUAAAAAGAUUGCCAUAAAAUUCAUUUCAAUUUUUGGUUCAACGUAUACAUGUGAAUCUUUAUUCUCUACUAUGAAAUUUGUCAAAUCAAAGUAUCGUGCAAAUCUAACCAACGAGCAUUUGUCUGAAUUACUUAGAACAGCCACUACAAGUUUGAAACCAGAUUUUAAGAAACUUACCAGUAAAGUUAUGAGUAUUAGUUUGAUCAAAGUAAAAAAUUGA